AUGCGCGCCGCCUUACUAUACAUCACUCUCGGUAGUACCCUUGCCUCCAGUACAACUCCGCAGAAGGAGAACAACGACGGGAUACACCUCGCGAUCUCUCCGCCCUGCGGGACGCUCAGCGAGAACGUGACAAACGUCAAUGUCGGCAUUGACUUGCGCGAUAUAGACACGAUCGUCUCGUUUGGUGAUUCUUAUACAGACGGCGGCGCGCACGACGGGGUCCUCUGCCUCUGCCUGUUCUACCUUUCAACGGAAAACGGAACGCGAGCGGGUGGCAGGAUUACCAACGGCUACGUUUGGAUUGAGCACUUGGCGAACAUGACGGGUCGUAGGGAGGCGCUGCUCAUGGACUAUGCGAUCUCUGGGGCUGUCGUGAAUGCUUCCUUGUGGCCUAACACCGCCGCGGCAACCGGGACGAGCGCCAGCUUUGUGAAUGAGAUGGCAACCUUCCAGAAUCAGACACAUGACAACCUUCACCCCGAUACAACACUGUAUUCAAUUUUCUUCGGUAUCAAUGAUUACUCUGUCUCUCUUACCCAGGGAAAUGAGCUGCCUGCAGCUGCGGAGGACCUACUCGGCCUGAUCGAUGUCUUGACUGCACCACCUUACAAGGCUCAACACGUAUUGGGCCUCGACGAUUAUGGUCGGGGGAACCGCACCAUGGAGGGUGAAGUGUACAAGAAGAUCGUCUUCGAUGGUAUGGACACACGGCACAGGGCCGCACUGAAAGAGAACAAGAUAAUGAAAGUUGCUUAUGUGGACUUCGCGCCGCUAUGGGAUGCUGUGUUUGGCGAGCCAGGGUAUACUGCAUUUGGGUACUCAAGCGACGGGUUUUGUUUCCCCUCGGCUGGUCAGUUGACAACUGUAGACGAAGAGUGUCUUGACCCGGAUACGACAUUUUACUGGCUACACGGACAUCCUUCCAAGCAGACGCACAAGAUUAUGGCGGACUACGUUUACCAGGUUUUGAGUAGGUGUCGACUGCAGUAA